AUGUAUCGAGCUUACAAAGUAUAUAAGAUGUGCAGCAACAUGCAAAUGAUGCAGAAAUAUCACAUAGUCGAGAAAAUUGGCAGCGGCUCCUUUGGGGACAUCUUUAAGGCCGUGCGCAAGGAUAAUGGACAGCAGUUUGCUUUAAAAUUCGAAUCAAAGGAUGUCGGAUAUCAGCAACUGCAUUUGGAGUAUCAAGUUUAUAGGUUCUUGUCGCCUGGCCUUGGAAUAGCUCGUGUCUACGAAUUCGGGUGGGCAGCCAACGGUAAAGUUAUGGUCAUGGAGCUGCUUGGUCCGUCGCUGGAAGAUUUGUUCGGGUACUGUUCGUGCCGCUUCUCGCUGAAGACUGUGCUGAUGCUGGCCAUGCAGAUGAUCGAUCGCCUGGAGUAUGUGCACAUGAAGGGUUAUGUACAUCGCGACAUCAAGCCGGAGAACUUUGCGAUGAGCGCUCAGACGGACAAAAAUCUGGUUUACCUCAUUGACUUUGGACUGGCCAACCGAUACAUGGAUGCGGCAAAGAGGGAGCAUAUACCAUUCGGGUGGAAGGAUCAGAUCACGGGCACGUUGCGCUACGCUUCGCUGAAUGCUCAGCAGGGAUUUGAGGUGUCGCGUCGUGAUGACAUGAUAUCCCUGGGCUAUGUCUGGAUGUAUUUUCUGCGAGGUAGUUUGCCCUGGCAAGGUAUGAUUGGUCCCAGGAGACAGCGUCUGGAGCGGAUCCUCGAGUUGAAGCGAUCGCUGAAAAUGGAUGAAUUCUGCAAAGGAUUUCCUGACGUAUUUGCCAACUAUUUGAUCAAUUGCCAGUCGUUGGCCUACGAUGAGGAGCCCAACUAUUUGAGCAUCCGAUGCAGCUUCAGCGAUUUGUUCACUAGCCUCAAAUAUAUCAACGAUGGCGUCUUCGACUGGUCCAAGGACAAGAAGAGCAGCGAGGAGGACGACAAGGAGAACCAGAAAGCACAGAAUAAUGUCAAUUGAAUGCACAUUUUGUAAAGCAUCUUGCUAAAGAAUAGAGUUAUCGAAGAGUGCUCCCAAAAGUAAAGAAUAAAGUGAUUAACAAAGAGCGAUGAACGUCUAAAAAGCUCAACAGUUUCGAA